CGGCGGCGGUGGCGGCAGCGGCGGCUUUGCCGAGGUGACAAUGUACUAGGCGCCCUCGCUCGGUCUCCUGCGCCGCCUCGGCCUCGGCACCCGUGGAGCCUUCCAGCCCGCUGCUGCGCUAUGAGGGCGCCUCUCCGGGGCUGGCCGAGGCCGAAACCGGCUUGCUCUGCGUGCGUGGAAGUGUGAAGAGAGAGGCGCGGACGGGAGCCGGGCUGCGCGCGGCGCUCGGGGGCUGACGCGGAUUCCAGAUGCAUUUUGUAGGAGUAUUUUGAGGAUGAGUGUUUGCAAAUCAUUUUGAAAUUGCCAAGCACCAUAUACAUGGGAUGCAUUCUGCUUUUAUCCUGGAGUUCACCUGUGUGGCUUGGAUUUUUCUCAGUAACAUCUGUCUUCAGUUUGUGGGUUAACUAGAAAUCAAGAGAAGACAUGAGGAGAUUUGUAUACUGCAAGGUGGUUCUAGCCACUUCACUGAUGUGGGUUCUAGUUGAUGUCUUCUUACUCCUUUACUUCAGUGAAUGUAACAAAUGUGACGACAAAAAGGAAAGAUCACUGCUGCCUGCACUGAGGGCUGUUAUUUCAAGAAACCAGGAAGGGCCAGGAGAAAUGGGAAAAGCUGUGCUGAUUCCUAAAGAUGACCAGGAGAAAAUGAAAGAGCUGUUCAAAAUCAAUCAGUUUAACCUUAUGGCCAGUGAUUUGAUUGCCCUAAACAGAAGCCUGCCGGAUGUAAGAUUAGAAGGAUGCAAGACAAAGGUCUACCCUGAUGAACUUCCAAACACAAGUGUAGUCAUUGUCUUUCAUAAUGAAGCUUGGAGCACUCUCCUUAGAACGGUUUACAGUGUUAUAAAUCGUUCCCCAUCCUAUCUACUCUCUGAGGUCAUCUUGGUAGAUGAUGCCAGUGAAAGAGAUUUCCUCAAGUUGACAUUAGAGAAUUAUGUGAAAAAUUUAGAAGUGCCAGUAAAAAUUAUUAGAAUGGAAGAGCGCUCUGGGUUAAUACGCGCCCGCCUUCGAGGAGCAGCUGCUUCCAAAGGGCAGGUCAUAACUUUUCUCGAUGCACAUUGUGAAUGCACAUUAGGAUGGCUGGAACCCUUGCUGGCAAGAAUAAAAGAAGACAGAAAAACAGUUGUAUGCCCCAUCAUUGAUGUGAUUAGUGAUGAUACCUUUGAAUAUAUGGCCGGGUCAGACAUGACUUAUGGGGGUUUUAACUGGAAACUGAAUUUCCGCUGGUAUCCUGUUCCCCAAAGAGAAAUGGAUAGGAGGAAAGGAGACAGGACUUUACCAGUCAGGACCCCUACUAUGGCUGGUGGCCUAUUUUCUAUUGACAGAAACUACUUUGAAGAGAUAGGAACUUACGAUGCAGGAAUGGAUAUCUGGGGUGGAGAGAAUCUUGAAAUGUCAUUUAGGAUUUGGCAGUGUGGAGGCUCAUUGGAGAUUGUUACCUGCUCCCAUGUUGGCCACGUUUUUCGGAAGGCAACCCCAUACACUUUCCCUGGUGGCACUGGCCAUGUCAUCAAUAAGAACAACAGGAGACUGGCAGAAGUUUGGAUGGAUGAAUUUAAAGAUUUCUUCUAUAUCAUAUCCCCAGGUGUUGUCAAAGUGGAUUAUGGAGAUGUGACAGUCAGAAAAACACUAAGAGAAAAUCUGAAGUGUAAGCCUUUCUCUUGGUACCUAGAAAACAUCUAUCCGGACUCCCAGAUCCCAAGACGUUAUUACUCACUUGGUGAGGUAAGAAAUGUUGAAACCAAUCAAUGUUUAGACAACAUGGGCCGCAAGGAAAAUGAAAAAGUGGGUAUAUUCAACUGUCAUGGUAUGGGAGGAAAUCAGGUAUUUUCUUACACUGCUGACAAAGAAAUCCGAACCGAUGACUUAUGCUUGGAUGUUUCUAGACUCAAUGGACCUGUAAUCAUGUUAAAAUGCCACCAUAUGAGAGGAAAUCAAUUAUGGGAAUAUGAUGCUGAGAGACUCACCUUGAGACAUGUUAACAGUAACCAAUGUCUUGAUGAACCUUCUGAGGAAGACAAAAUGGUGCCUACCAUGCAGGACUGUAGUGGAAGCAGGUCCCAACAGUGGCUGCUAAGGAACAUGACCUUGGGGGCAUGACACCUGAGGACUGUUUUCCCCAAGCCAGGAAAGUGUCUACACUUAUGUUUUUCCAUUAUUUCAAUUAGGGGAAGUAUUAACUUUGCUGAAUUGAAAGUUUUAAAAAUCCUUUUAGUAUUUUAAAACACAGUUGUUUAUAAUUCAUUUUUAGGAACAUUUGCUUAUUUCCCUCCUGAAAUUUGUACCUGAUCAAAAAAGCACAUAAAAAAUAUAAAUAACAGCAAACUGUUAUUAAACAUCACAACAACUUAAAAAACAAAUUGUGUUUGCUUUAAAAAAAAUCCUUAUUGCUCUCAUCUAACAUAGUCAGUUGGGGGUUAUUUUGGUUUUAGUUUUUCUUAUAGUGAUUGAAAGACAGACAAUGUAAAAUGCCUUAUGAGAUGUCUUCAUUAUGAAAUAUUAUUUUAUAAACUCACUCUGUUUCUACUAGGCUUUCAUGGAAACAUCUUGAAUUUCCAUGUCAAUAAUAUAUCCAAAUAUUAAAUUAUUUCUGAGCAGUGAAUUCGUUAUACAAAAUAAGUUCCAAGUUUUAUACCAAGAAAAAAAUGGGAAUUGGAUAUUAAAUGCACAGAAUCCUUAUGAAAGCAUCACAUGUAAAGAAAGAAGAGGUUAAUUUGAAAAUUCAAUUGAAAGUACACGAACUCUAAAGAACUUAGCGAGAUAUUGAGAGGGGAACAAGAAGAAGCUAAAAUACGAUUAAAUCAUUUUAAGAAGUACUCUGGCUGGGUUCCAGUCACUCCUAACACAGGCUGAAGUGAAAGAAUUGUCUUAGUUCCAGAGUUGACGUCGGAAACUCACUACUGUCUUUUUCUCUUCACUUGAGAGAUUGUGGCUUGUCACUUAAUAAUGGACAGAUUUACAUGUAAAACAUAGUUUUCGCCUGCAUUUUUAACUCUUUUGCAUUUGAAUGUUUUAGUUACAUAACCAUUGUAAUUUUAAUUUUAUAUUUUUAAAUAAGAAUGCAUUAUUAUCAGAAUUUCCUUGCUAUGCUACAAUAGCUACAUUUUUCAUCACUAGAGGAAGAAAGAAUUCAGUACACAUCCAUUGAACUUCUAUUUUAAUUAAAACUUCUAUUUUAAUUGCUAAAUAUCAUUUUCCAUAAAUAUGGCUCAAGGAACACAGCAUAAUUAGGCUAACUUCACAUGUUCUUAAUCCGUCUUAAAACACUUUGUUUUUAAAGUUCAAGAGCAGAAGACAUGAAAAGAGGAAAAAUCUAUCAGUGGAUUCCUACUAAUAAGUUUCUGAAUUUGACAUCAUGUAAAAUGCUUUUACCAUAAAAUUGCUCUACAUGUGUGUAUUUUAUUAAUUAUGAAUGCACUCAGCAGCUAAUAGAAAUUUGAAAGACAGAAAAAAAGGAAAGCGAAUUCUGUGGAGCAGAAGGCUUCACAUCUUUGAUCCUCAUUUUCUCUUAAGCUCUUAUAAAAAAAUUUAAUCAGUUUGGCUAUAUACAGACCCACUCUCUUUCUCUCUCUCUCACACACACACAUACACACUCACACACAUAUACAAAGACAGCUCACACAAACACUGCUUUAUAAUGAAAAGAAAAAAACUUUUCUUAAGACCGGUAAAACCUUGUAUGAAUUUUCUCAGCUAGCAUUCUCAGCUAGUGUCUCCUUUGGCUUACCCUGGUACAACUAUGGGGAAGUCGUCUACAACCUGUGUACUCCUUAAAAGCUUCUUCAAGACCACUUACCGUGUAAACAGCCCCACCCUGAGGUCUCUGGCAAUCCGUGAAUCUCUAAAAUUGUAAACAAAAGUGUGUGUCAGGGUAGUUUUCUGAGGAGAGAAUUGAUAGCUUACAGCAUUCUCACAAAGGAAGUUCCAACUCCCAAGAGGUUGAGAAUCACUAUUUUAAAUUGAUAGUGGCCUCCCAAGUCAACUGUGCCUAAUUUAACAAUCACAUUUUCCACUUUCACUCUCUUUUUCUUGUUUCUUCUCUUAUCUGGCCUAAAAUAAGGUAAAAUGUUCCUGCACAACAUUCUUCUUUAAACUUAAGGAUUCCUUUAUACAAUUUGUUCCACUCAUCAUUGAUUUGCCAAUCAAAUGCAUGUUAUCUAGAAAAUCAUCAAUGACAGAUUUAAAAAAAAAAAACAUACCUACUCCAUUGAAACUGAAUU